GACGUUUAUGUUGCGGUAGUGGCAAAGGUAAAAAUUGCUACCUAUUCCGCGGUUUUUGUCUGUCGACGGGCAUUAUAUUUCUUUACAUCAUAGGGCCUGCCAUCUGCCUAGUGAUUCUGUUUCUGUUUGAAUUCUGCCAUCUGUUAUUCCUUAUCCUUGAUUUGCAUCUAACAAAUAUUUCUUCAGGCAAGACUUUGCUCGUGGUAGUUUACAGCUUUGCAGUUUCGGACAGAAUGUCAAAGUUCUUCAAAGGAGCAGUUAGUUCCGAGUCAUCUUCUGAGUCGGAAGUUUCGGAUAUCGAGGAGGAGGUGCAGACCAAAAAAGCUCCACUUGCUCGGGACUUCGCGUACCCAAGUGAUAGCGAAGAUGAAGAGAAGCGUGUAGUGCGUACUCACAAGGAGAAGAAAUUCAAGGAGCUCAAAGAUUUCAUCAAGCAAGUGAACAAUGCCAAAAAUAACAAAGAUUUCACGAAAAUUUUGUCAGCUUUUGAUGAGCUUGUGAAAAUUUACGAAAAAUCGAGGACUGUAUUUGCUCGGCAAAAUAUCUCCACCCCUCGUUUUUAUGUCAGGUAUCUCGUUGACUUAGAGGACUUCGUGCUCGGUUUCUGGGACAAUAAGGAAGCGAAAAGUGCUCUAUCGAAAGUGAAUCUGAAAGCCCUCACAAAUCUACGUCAAAAGGUGCGCAAGUAUGUGAAAGAAUUUGAACAGAAAAUUGCGGAGUACAGGGAAAGCCCAGAUCCGCCGGGGUAUGAGACUCCUGAAGAAGAAGAAGAGCAAGAAGAAUCAGGUGAAGAGGGUGGUGAAGCGCAAAUGCCAGCAAUUAAAGAAAAGAAGAAAGAUCUUUCUUCGAGCGAAAGCGAGAGUGAUUCGGAUUGGUCGACAGAUACGGACUCUAGCGCCUCAGAUGACGACGCUGAUUUUGGCUCGAAAAUGGAGGCAUUGAGAAGACAUUUCUUGAAGAAGGAGUUCCGUGGAGAAGAUGAUGCAGCCGCUGAUAAAAAGAAGGAGAAGAAACGAAAACAGAGGGAACAUCACAAACCAAAGGCCGCUCUUGAUUUGGUCGAUGACGAAGACGAUGAUGGUGGCGAAUGGACUGCUAUCACCAAGGAAAAACAAGUGCAAUUGUUUGAACCCAAACAAGAAGUCACUCACGAAGCGAUGAUUAACAAGCUCACUGAAGUAAUGGCUUCGCGAGGGCGACUGGGAACUAAUAGAAAACAGCACGUGCGUCUCCUACAAGAAUUAUAUAAAAUUGCAGAGGAGAAGAAGCUUGGUGUUGGAAUCUCAGUGAAGAUUCUCUUUAACAUCAUCUCUUCGCUUUUUGAGCUAAAUACAAAAAUCAGUGAUUACAUGGAGUUCGGUAACUUCCAGAAGACUAUGUUGGCUAUAACCGAACUUCUUGAUAUCUUGAUAGCACAUCCAGAAGUAAAGCUGUCUGUCAAAUUUACCGAAGAGGAGGAGAAUCUAAAAGACGAAAGUGUGGACUACAAAAUCCAAGGUUCGUAUUUGAUGAUGGUGCAACGCCUCGACAGUGAAUUGACCAAAAUCCUUCAAAACGCUGAUUGUCACUCAAACGAUUACAUCGAAAAGCUGAAAGGUGAAAAGGACAUGUGUAUACUAAUUGAACGCACCGAAAAGUACGUCCAAGAAAGAAUAGCCGAGGAUAUUUUUGACGUUGACGAAGUCUGCAAAAUCUACAUGAUGAGAAUUGAGCACCUUUAUUAUAAGUAUCAAGACAACUAUGAAGGAGAUGAAGCUGUUGGGGAGAUCAUGGAUCGUCUUUGCAAGAAAAUAUACGCCCUUGACGAAGAGAAGAGAUUGAGACAAAGAGCAAUGCUUUGUCAUGUUUACUGGCUCGCUUUGCAUGAUGAGUGGCAUCGUGCUAGAGAUCUGAUGUUGAUGAGUCAUCUCCAGGCAAUCGUUGAUCACUCUGAUACUGAUACUCAGAUCUUAUACAAUCGCACUAUAUGUCAGCUUGGUCUUUGUGCUUUCCGUCAUGGGUUUAUCAAGGAGGCGCAUCAGGGGCUGUCAGAGAUCCAGAAUACCCAGCGAGCUAAGGAACUGUUAGCGCAAGCCGUUGCGAUGAGGCAGCAUGAAAGGACAGCUGAGCAGGAAAAGCAAGAAAGACAGCGACAAGUUCCUUAUCAUAUGCAUAUCAACGUCGAGUUGAUGGAGUGCGUCUAUCUUAUCUGUUCUAUGCUUCUUGAAAUCCCCCAUAUGGCUAGUUGUGAGUUUGAAAUGCGACGAAGACUCUUGAGUCGGAGCUUCCAUUAUCAAUUGAAGCAGAGCGAAAAGUCUUCUCUCAUUGGACCGCCUGAGAAUACACGCGAGCAUGUAGUAGCUGCAUCGAGGGCUAUGCUUGCAGGUGACUGGAAGAAAUGUAGAGACUAUAUAGUAAAUGAUAAGAUGAAUCAAAAGGUAUGGAAUCUAUUCCGAAACGCAGAAAGUGUGAAAGAAAUGGUAGUUAAACGAAUACAAGAAGAAUCUUUGAGAACAUAUUUGCUCAUGUACUCUACUGUGUACACAACAGUGUCUCUUGAGAAGCUUGCAACUUUGUUUGAACUUGACAAGAAGCAGGUCCACAGCGUAAUCAGCAAAAUGAUCAUUCAAGAAGAACUAUCUGCCACUCUUGAUGAGCCCACGGACUGCCUUAUGAUGCAUCGAGUUGAACCUUCGCGACUACAAAUGAUUGCUUUGAAUCUUACCGACAAGCUCCAGCAAUUAGCCGAUAAUAACGAACAAAUACUGGAGCCUCGCACUGGAAGAGCUGGUUACGCUGGUCCUGGUCAGUGGUUCCCGGGUCGCAGUGACCGACAAGGAGAUAAACAAAAGGGUGAUAGAGGUGGCGUGUAUCAGAACGAUAGGCGUGCUGGUCAGUCGGAAAGCCAUAGCAAAAGAGCUUGGGGAGGAGCAGCGUACGCUGUAAGAGAGUCGAUAGCGGAGUACGCUGUUCUCUUGAUAGACGCAAACGCCGACAAAGUUGCCGUAUCUGGUGCCGAGCGACACGUGAUGGCUGACUUUGAGAAUCUAAAAUAUCUAACUGGCUUUGGCAAUGAGUUCGCUAGCACCGACCCACGCGUCCCAGACGCGUUACCAGUUGCGAGAAAUUCACCACAGGUAUGCCCUCAUGGUCUUUACGCCGAACAGUUGAGUGGCACCGCAUUCACAGUACCGAGAGCUAACAAUAAGAGAAGUUGGCUUUAUCGCAUUCGCCCUUCAGUAGUGCACAAACCAUUUGUAAAAGUGACUACUGAGAAUUUUACGAACAACUUCGCUGGUUUGGAACCGACUCCAAAUCAAUAUAGAUGGCAUCCGUUCCCAUUUCCUAAGAGGGAAGGAGUGGAUUUUGUGCAGGGUCUGUACACGAUCUGCGGUGGCGGCGAUGUGGUAACCCGCACAGGAUUGGCAAUUCAUCAAUAUUCCUGCAAUGCUUCGAUGACUGCAAAAGCUAUGUAUAACGCGGAUGGCGACUUUCUUAUUGUUCCUCAAGAAGGUCAAAUGCAGGUUAUCACCGAAUUUGGACAAAUUCUUGUUGGAAUCCAGGAGAUUGUCGUCAUUCCACAAGGCAUUCGCUUCUCUGUAAAUAUCAGCCGUCCGUCGCGUGGGUACAUCCUUGAAGUUUACGGCACUCAUUUCCAGCUUCCUGAUCUCGGCCCAAUCGGAGCUAAUGGCUUGGCAAAUCCUCGUGAUUUCGAGACUCCAGUCGCAUGGUUUGAAGACAGUGACAUGCCUUAUCAGAUUUACAACAAGUAUCAAGGGUCCUUCUUUGUUGCAGAGCAGGACCAUUCGCCAUUUGACGUAGUCGCAUGGCACGGAAACUAUACUCCAUACAAGUACGAUUUGAGGAAGUUCAAUGUUAUCAACACGGUCUCAUUCGAUCAUUGUGACCCAUCCAUUUUUACCGUGCUCACCGCGCCAUCGACCAAACCAGGCAUCGCGAUGGCUGAUUUUGUCAUUUUUCCUCCUCGCUGGGGUGUAGCUGAAGACACCUUCAGACCUCCAUAUUACCACAGAAACUGUAUGUCGGAGUACAUGGGCCUAAUCGUCGGUAGCUACGAGGCAAAGGAAGGAGGAUUUCGUCCAGGGGGAGCAUCGUUGCACUCGAUGAUGACACCACAUGGUCCUGACGCCAGUUGUUAUGAGAAAGCCUCCAAAGAUGAGCUAAAACCACAACGCAUUGCUGAAGGAACAAUGUCGUUCAUGUUCGAAAGCUCUCUCAACAUGGUCAUUACGGAGAAAGCUAGACAUGAAAACGUGGACAAGGACUAUUAUAAAGAUUGGCAGCAACUGAAAAAAUACUUCAAUUGGCCUUCUGCUCUAUCUAACGUACCGAUGCUAUCUCAGUAG